CUCAACAAAAAUCACCAGACCUCAAAAUAACUCCUCUCUCUGAUCUCUUUAUAUUUAUUUUGUUGAAAUUUGUAAUGGAGAGAGUAAACAAAAUGGUAACUGAAAAGCCAGUUGUCAUAUUCAGCAAGACUGGUUGCUGCAUGAGCUACUCCAUUAAGUCUUUCUUCUCUGAUCUCGGCGUUAACACCGCCGUUUACGAGCUCGAUGAGAUGCAAAGAGCUGGCCGUGAGAUUGAGGCCGUGCUUUCGAAUCUCGGCUGCAAUCCCACGGUGCCGGCGGUGUUCAUCGGCGGCCAAAUGGUCGGUGGAGAAAGUGAAGUCAUGAGUCUUCAUUUACAAGGGGCCUUGAAGCCUAAACUCAAAACAGCUGGUGCUUUAUGGGUUUAAUUAUAAAUUACCUAAAAUAAAAAUAAUCAAAAUGAUCGUGGUCAUUUUUAUUUUUUUUAGAAUAAUACUUCUAGCUAUCGUUUCUAGAUCAAUAAAGAUUGUGAUAGAAUAGUGAUAUUCCUUCAUCAUCAUCCUUAUUAAUCACUUUAUCUUCAACGUGAGACUUUUGAGUAGGAAACAAAAAAAAAAGAUAUAUACCAGAGCGUUGCUACUUUUUAUAGCAAGAAAAAGGAAAAAAGAAGUAAAAAUGUGCCUAUAAGAAUUUUACUCACAUGUCUUGCUGACAAAGUGCAUAACUACUGACAAUAUGGAUCGUAAUGUAUAAGUGAGACUGCUCUACCUUUAACCAAAGGUUUUGGAUUCGAACCUUGAAUAUGAAGAAAAUCUUUUUGGUAGCGCCACCUCAAAUAGGCCUGAUGUGAGCUCUGAACAGGAAAAAAAGAAGAAGCAAAGUGCAUAACAAUGUAAAAAGUUGUUGUACCCAUUUGUGUAUUAUUUGUAAUUUCCGUUAAGAAUUUACUUGCUGUAAUUUAUGUUAGCAAUCUGUGUUAAAAAUCAA